AUGGCUGACAUGCUGGCUUUGGGCGCAGAACGUCGAAAGAGGUGGCGCCUCAGACACGAGGAGUUUCUUCACAUUGUGCUUUCUGCGAGAGCGGCCAAACGAGCCGAACAGGGGGAAGAGCCGGUGUUCAUCGAGCCACUUCCGGCCGAGGUCACCCAAGCAGGUUAGUCUUUAGACUGUGCCUGUUUAAUAUUAGUUGCUGGAAGCUAGAUUUGGCACGGUUGGUUGCCAAGGCAGCCAACUGUAAAUGUGAGGACGUCAUUGGAUUAUCUUUUCGCGCUAAAAGAUUUUUCCUGUUAGAUAUGUGUAGUUUCGAGAAACGUAUGGACCCGAAAAACCAGGGUAUGUCUUGCUGGAUUACUAGCUUGGACGAUAAGAAUAAAUAAUUUCCGAAGGUAGGACUCCUUUUGUUUAGCAAAUUUGUUUACACUUCUGCAGUUAGUAUUUGUUAAUAAUAGGCAGUCGUUUUCCUGCCAGUCCCCCCAUAUGUUCGUCAAUACAACUAUUGGUUACGGACACAGCUAAGAGCCACUGCAGUCAGGUCUGGUUUACCUUUUUAUAUCAAGUUUUAUAAGGGCCUUGGUAACCAUAAAAACAGUCAUUCACCUAAAAAGGAUCCAAAACUCCCUAAGAAUCUAUGAUGUAGUUGGUUUACAGUUCAGACCGAGUGCUCUUGCAGUAUUUCAGUUACUGCACUUAGGCGAUAGAGGCGACUGCCUGACUUCAUUUAAGUCUUGGAAUGUGGUUUGGGAGUUUAGAGUGUGGGUGCCUGUGUGACGUUUUGAACACUGCAAACGAUGGCGUUCUCAAUGUGCCCCUGGAGAACGCGCAAUGCGACGACUUGCUCGCGAAUUAGUUUUUAGUGAGACAGUCCUGCGCAGCACCUUCCACGUUCUUUUCCAUCACCUCCCUGGUUCCAAUGGUAAGACGACGACUGGACGACAGGAGGCGGACUCGAGUGCUAUGCGUAACAAAGCUGUAAAACCUCCCCAAGCGCUCACGCAAGAUCUAGUUCCCUCAGUUUGCACCAGGCUUUCAGGAUGCCAUCUAGAUGAGAGUACCGUGAACGUCACAUUAGGAAGGAGCUGUUGGAUCUGACUAUUUCAACUGUAGUCAUUCAUUCCCCACAUACAGUACUGACUACGAGGACCGACUUGUUCCACUCGUUUGCAACCUUCAAAGCAAAGACUUUUAGUGCGUCGUAAGAGACUUAAUAUGCUGAUAUUUCGUGUGAUCGGCCUCAUUCUCUCCUUCCUCUUCCGUGCACCAAUCAGCUGCAUGAGCCUGUCAACCAGCCGAUGAUGGGAUUUGAUGCAGUAGUUGACAGACUUAGAAAAUCCAUCUGCGUGUGCUACACUCGACUUGUCGCUACCUCAUAUGCCAGAAUGCAUCAAGAGCAUGGAUCCCGCUCAUGUGAGGCGGGCCACAUGCCUGCUACAAGAAAGCGUUCGGAGAUUACGGGGGAAAAUUUGUGGUGUGGAGUAUGUCUAUGUAUGGCCUACGGAUGUCCGGACUGAUAGGGAGAGACGUGGUGAUGCUGCUUUAGUCGCAGUGUUUUAUUGCAAAUUUUCGUGGAGACACAUGUGUCCGAGUAGGUCGUACGCCAGUCAGUUCGAUAUUUCAAUUCUUUUAUUCCUCUGGGCAGAAAUUCCAACCCAAAGAAAUAGGCCAGGAACUACAAACGGCUAAAUAGAAUGCACAGCGGAGCUUCCCGGAGGACAAAAAUUGGUCGUUGAGCACUUGCAUUUGUAAGAAGAGUGGAAACUUUUAUCAUGUCCCCGAGUAAGGCCAGCCAAAACUGGCAGUCCGACUAAACCGAUGUAUUUCUCUUACCGACGAUUGAAGGCUUAGUUCAACUCAUUCGAUAAUCUACUCUUAAGUUUUUCCAUGUUCUGUUUAGCUCUUCAACACGUUAAGGUUUGUACUUAUACGUAGUUAAUGGGUCCACUUUUUAAGAUAAUAUAAUUGAUUCCAACAGGCCUCGUUCAUUGUCCUCAAUACUGGGCAUCUGGCGACGGUAGAUCUGACCACCUUAAUUACCGCUGUUUUACACCCACGGAGAAAGAUUUACAACUUUCCGCAGUAUGACUCGAUAUCUUUAUUAGCCGUAUAGGAUCGUUUUUUAGUUGAAUACCUUUUCUUUGCUCCCAGUAAACUUACGAUGUCGGAUUUAGUAUAGCAACACCGGAUUGAUUGGUAGGUAGUGUUAGUAUUCUUUAGAUUUUCUCGAUUCAGUGCUGCUUUAUUCACCGGAAUAGACGCACUCAAGGUCAAAGCUAUGUCAGAAGACAGUCGGGAUAACUCGGUUAUUCUCUGUGGUUCUAUAGCAAUAAACAGUAUGAUUAGCGGAGCAUGACAGAGUUAAUAAGGCGGGGAAUAAAUUGGAAAGUGGACGUACAUUUGAGGUGAUUAGACGAGCAGUCAGCGAGUGACGCCAAAAUGUGGUGGUCGGUCUAAAAGCGAGCAGAGACAAAGAGAAAUAGACAAUGGACAAAGAACAAAGAAUGACGAGAACCGACAAAUAGGGGUACAGAGACAAAGGCACGGUGGUAUGAGUAAAGUCUGCUACUAACAAACGGUUAGUAGCAGAACAAAGACAAGAAUAGAAACUGACAUCAGGAAUGUCACAGGUAGUGAAAGGUGCGCAUGUAGUCCACUUUGAUCGCCUCCCUCUUGAGCAUUCAAAGGUAUAAUCGGGAGUUUUUUCCAUAAAUGUACACAUUCUUGCAAGUCUUACCGGCUUCUGAUGAGAAAUGUAAUUUAAUGGAACAUCUUUGCAGCCUUGGGCAAGGGGCAAAAUAUUUUAACGACCACGUUGGCCGAAGACUGCACAGAUUAGAUCUUUGUAAUUUGAUCUAUGCUGUUGCCAACUUCAAUUCAGUGUAUGUCUGUCAGCCGGCGCCCGGGUGCAAGCUCGACAACUUAGACCCUCUUUUUGUGUUGAUUUCGAAACUAAUAAUGACGAUAGGUGCAACAACCGAAUUCCUAUAAAGUUUCUCUUUUGCCCUUUAUACAGGGUCAUAUUUCCGAAAAAUAAAAACAUCUUGCUUCCAACCCUUGUUUUUUAUUUGCUUCUUCUAUCCUUUUCUACAUAGGACUCGUGCUCUGCAGAAAAUGUGGUAGGCGAUUUAGCGAAGGUGUCUUCGAGAAGCAUAAGGACUUAUGCAAAGAGCUUCGUGACGCGCAGACAACUGAACUGACGGAGGAACAGAAAGACGCAAAAGCUCGCUUUCUACAGCGCAUGAAAGUGAGCUUUCCCACACAAUUUUUCUUUGGCCAUGAAACGUUGAUUUGACAGUCAUUUCAGUUGCAUUUUUUAUUCUUAAUCGCAACAUUGACUUAGUCGGUGUCUCUUUGUAGUACUCACACAGAGUUUAUGGACGCGCCACUCAGCAGGAUAGCACAGAUGUGAAAGAGGCUUCUACUUCUGACUCUAGGACCGAGAAUCAUCCAACUCUAUCCUGUGCCGCGGAGAUGCAGAAGAUGCAGUUCCUGCUGAACGACAUAAUUCCUACCCUGUCGAACCUACCGGAUAAGUUGCAGUCGUCCAGUGCUUUUGACGUCUUCUUGAAGCAGCUUCUGCCCGCAGGCAUACCUCCGUCUCGUGACGAAUCAUUGCUUCAGGUCAGCAAUUGCAACAAGACCAUCAUGCCUAACUGCGAACUCGCCUACCCUCCGGAGAGUGAUUCGAGAUCAGGUGGGCAUUUGCCGCCUCCCUUUUGGGUUUGCAAACUAUCUGCCACUUUUCUUUGCUUAAAAUUUUGUGGUCGUUAACAAUCGGAAAUCUAACGGUAAAGAAUUUUAGGCAGUAAAGAAGAUGUUCAAGAAUAUUAGGACUUGUAAAAACGAAUAUGCUUGGCUCCUGCACGAGUCGAAACUCUCAGGUUAAUACGCUGAGUGUUCUGAUGAUUGUAUAUCCUUCAUUUGCUUUGCAAAAUUGUGCCCGCCCUAUUUACUUUCGAAUAACAUGAUCAGAACGUAUGGAGUAAGAUAGGCUGGAGUUAUUCUUUUAGUGAGAAUUUAGUUUAUUUUAAGUAAUAUCUGCACAUCGCGUCUGAGCCCCUAUAGUUCAGCUGGAUCAUGCAGUAUUUGGGUCUCCAACCCAGUUUCGAUCAACAACUACUGGUAAAAAUAACUUAAGUAGGAUUGACACAACUUACGUGAUUGUGUCCGAAGGUACUGCCAUUUUCUGCCGUCUGACGUACUCUUAGCCACCUAAGGUUGUGUCGUAGUUAGCCCAGCGCCUUGGGAUGCACACCAACAAAUCGUAUGCAAAAAUACCCUGGGUCGCAGUCGAUACGUAUAUGGCCGCAAACCCCCGCUCCACCCUCAGUUAUCCAUUUUUCCGGCCGCUGUCUCACUCAAACUACAGUUAGAGACUUGCUGAGAACUUAAGUGUCCGAAACCUCGUUUGACCAGCGUCUUAUGAAUCAGGUCGCUUGAGGGCCUACGGGAGGUGCUUCAAAGCGUCCAAGCGCAGGCCUAGAAAAGGCUUAGGAAUAAGGAUCUCCUCUGUGAAAAUAUUUUAAAAAAGCAUCCUUGUUUUGAAAGUGUUUACAUAUUUUUGAAAGAAACUAACUUUGCAGCCGGCCAUAGAUGUUUUAGAAGGCAGGCCGCUGUGCGCCCUCAGAAAUUUGGUGCCAUUAACAGGUACUGACCUGGUAGAAAUCAUAUUCAGCUCGAAGUCUCCUCGCUGCUUUAUGUUAACUCUUUUUUUCUAUCUCUGCCGCCUACAUUUUCAGUUUCCCAGCUUUUCUGUGCUAGGAAUAAUCUGCGCGAUUCCAACAUAAGUGAUAAUUUCACGAAGUAUUCGUCACCCUCAGCCGUUUCAUCAGUCUCCUCCCUGUCUACGCUUUCUCCACCACUGGACUCUUCCCAUGAAUGUAGUCAGAAAGGCCCAGUAGAAGAGGCCGAGGAGGAGGAGGAGGUAAAACAGAAAGUGGGAGGAACGUCUAGAAGAUCCCAGUGCCUGCCAGGAGCGACAUCAUCCCCUUCCACUAUUGAACCCAAAUUCUUGACCGACUGUUUGUCGUCAAAGACUGCCUCGGCGUGCUGUCUCAGGAAGUGUAGGGCCACAACCACUGACAACUCCAAAGUAACCACACCCGCAGUCAUUACAAAUACUGCUCUCCCUGCCAGUGAUGGCGAUAGUUAUGUCACCACGCCUAAUCUACGCUCGAACGCAGAUAAACACACCCACUUAACGCCUUCGAAGGUAAAACACCAACACAACAGACCACAUGAACAUCCCGAAAUCAGCAAUUAUGUAAAGAACAAUUGCAAAUCUUCUUCCGGUGUGGACACUGUCCCCUCCAGGAGUCUACCGACGCGCUGCGAAUCUAGAAACGGUAUCCACAUCUCAGCUGUCGACAACGACGUCAAAAAUACAGCCGCCUGUGAACGCCGUCACCAUUGUCACCGUCAUCAUCAGCAUCGUCACCAUCAACGCCACGGUCCCACAGCGGUUUCGCUUGUUGGUAGUCACCAGUCACAGAAGAGCCGCCAAUCGAAAUCGCACUGCGAGACUGUCCCUGGUCUGGUGGCCCGUCAGGACGCUGCCACGGUUCCCUCCGCUGAAAAGAAUUGUAUGCGACCUAUUGAACUCUGUCCUCUGCCACCAGUUGAAAUAUGUUUCAAAGAGGCUCAGGAGGCCCAACGGUCGUCCCUCUCCCGUCCAAAUACUGCGUCCUCUCCCGUAUUCUAUCAGUUCGUCAAGACAACUGAAGCAGGUGAUCGAAGCUCCAGCGGCAGAUGUCAGGGGGAACUUGAGGUAAAUGUUGCCCAGCUCUGUUUAUCUAGGUACAUAAGAUAUAUAAGGCUGAUAAAGUGUCUGAACAAGGAUUUGCGAUGGGUAUCAUUAUAGCUUAGAAGAUAAAGAAACAACAAAUUGUCGGCAAAAUUGGACUUAAUCGGAAAUAAUCCUGAAAGGUACAAAAGUGGAGAUAUUUGCAGCACAAUGCACAUGCUGAACCAACUUAUGGCUCGUGUGUAAACUAUAAUGAGACCUGAGGCAUGUCUCGUCGAAGACACCUCGCGCCGUUUCAUUGUAAUUAAUCCCAUUCAUUGCGCCUAUCACACUCCCCCACCCCAGCAGGCAGUCUUUUUAGGUUCUUUUAGUAUUUACUUUGCAGCCUGCCUCUGAUUCUGCCCUUGGAAUAUAAUUGUUUGGCUGUUUUGUCGUUCAUAGAAAGAUGACUAUUCCUCACACUUUCCUCUUAAUCACCUACUCCAACUGUUUUGCCCCUUCCCACGUUAAGGUCAGAUUUUAUUUCAAGCCCAAAUAUUUUGGAAUAUUAGUAUGUUCAGUUAAUCAAAAAUUCGUUUACUUAUAAGAGCUUGUAUUGGGUCCCAUUGGUUUUCCUACUUUUCUAUAUACCCUUAAGAAGCCUGUGCUGCCUCCAUCUCCAUGUGACCCGAUUUCAGUCACAAGCGUCAGUUUCAUGUCCGUCGGGACUGAGAAAACCAACAAUUCUCAAUAUAUGACAGCAGAGGCCACCGACCAGUGCAAACAAUCUGCGGCAGCCAGUCCUGCCAACUCUCACAGUCUGGUGUAUCUCGAUGUGGAAAGCGUCCCUUCAAACGAUGUAUCUGUGCCCGCUGGUAACGUGUUGAAGCCAUCAACCUAUUCUUCCGGCACCUAGUGAGUUCGAUGCUGCUGGUUAAAAUCACAGUGAUAAUGUAAUUCCUAUUUAAUACUUAACGAUAUCAUAUUAAGUACUCGCCAAUUGUUGUAUGCUUAUCUUUAUAUUACUGAGCUCAGAAGAACUGCUGAGCUAAACGUCGUAAGCUAAGUAGUUACCAUGUUUGUUCACUUUUUCUAAUUGAUGAUCAUGACGGCCCCGCCAAUGCAACGGAGCGUUUUUGAGAUUAUAUCGUCCGCAAUUUAAUUCCCGAGCAUUCUAGCCCAAUGCUCCUUUCGUGCGUCACUGGCAGGCGGUGUUUGUGAUUGUUGAUUGGGCUUCAAGUUCCAUGCAUGAGACGGCGGACGGGGCUGGAAUUCUCGACGGGCACGUCAGCUGCCGACAGCUGCAUGUUUUGCAGACCACUAAUACUCAAUGCCAGCCUCCUGGGCCGUAGGCUAUGGUCAUGUCGGCCGUAGCAUCAUAUGUCUGAACUUCAUGGUGAGACUGACGAUAUGUUCAGAUAUGUCAGAACACCGUGCAUGCACGACGUAUGUGACGCCCCAUUUUUGCUCGGCAUUAUAAACUCGACAGUAUAGGAAACUUCAGCUGGAAGGAAAAGUCGACCGUCUCGAUCCCUUCACAAUGCGGAAGGAAUCGAACGCUUCCCGUGGGGUGAAACCGCUUUGUUUUAGACUGAGAAACUUCUAUACUCGAGUCAAGUGCUGCAGGGAAACUGCAGUCGGAGGCCGGAUUCUGCUCUGAACGGCGCCGUUUUCGCAUUAUCCUUGUUUAGACAAAAGGUAAAGCGGCGCAAGGAAUGUCAAAAGCUAUAAGAUCUUGGUGUUUCACUGAUCUCCCAACGGAUUCAGUCGACCGCAUAUCGGAUAAACAGGCAGUUGAGAGUGUAGUCACGGACAGUAAGUUUCUGUCUGCGUCUUGAAGAACGUGAACAUUCCAGCAGAUAACAUUCAUUUUUAUAAACCUCGUCAAUGUCUCAUAUUUUCAUUCCCUAUGUAACCGUAUGGGCCUGAUGAUGAAGUACCGAAAACAUGUAUUUCUUUGAGGGUUAAUAACUCAUGAAACACUUAUAAACCCCGUCAUUCUUAUUGUCACAAGAUACCAUUCCGAAUAAUGGACAGGCGUCUCUCUGUCAGGAGAUCAAAAAUAUAACUCGUGUUCCGGGCGUUGUCGUCUGUCGUAAAAGAUCGAGCUAAUGUAAUACACGAGAGUUCUUCACCCGGGCCUGCUUUUUUGUCAGAGACCGUCGUCUGCAAGACGAUGAUAGCAUGUGAAUCCCCAUUUACUGACGACAAAUCUCCCUAAAUCAAUACUGCAGACGUUUAUGNAUGAAAACGGACUUGUCUCCGUGCCGGUCGCCCCAGAGACCAGUAAUCAGGACUCAGGUGGUCAGUUAUCGAUCGUGACCUACUGCGGAGGCGUUUCGAGACUAAGUUGAAGUGCAUACCUGGCGACACCAACUUUCUCUUGACUCAGUUUGUGAGGUAUUCUGCCAUAGAGAGUGGCCUUGCAAUGCAUUCUGCUGAUGAGUUGCUCCAAGUUUCCUCUAAACAGCAGGAGAAAAUAUAGUAAAUUAGUUUCCCUGCCAUUGAUGCGCACUGCACAAGCCCCUCGCUAGAAUUAAAGUUGGCUACAACAAACAGACCCUUGCGUUUAUCUGUUUCUUGGAGAAAUCCUUGUAAGUUACAGUAAGUAAGAACUCGACAAUUUUGAAAUGUUGCCGCCAAAGUAGUGGAAACUGGUAAGACUCAUCAAUUAGGCUUGCUCAUCUCUUUGCAACCGCCUUCGGGAUUUCUAGGUCAGGGCCCUUAGGCAAACCUAAUCACGUAUGUUCCGUUCUGCAACGCUCGAUGAUGUCCAACGGAUGUUUGGGCUGUGUUCCUGACACUUGGCCUUGAACUCUUCCUGUUAUUCUCGUCUCUUUUCAGCUGUUGUUUUCUGAGACUCGCUUCAAAUAUAAGACUAUCUGCUGCUGGCGCCUGCUAGUUUUACAUAUAAAUAGUCGUUCUACUUGCUACCGCUUCAGUAUUUCUGAUAAAAUAAGAAAGCACACAACGUUGUGCGCAGUAAGGGCGCUGACAUUGUUGGCCACCAGUGUUGGAACCAGGGGCGUGAAAUCUUCCAAUGCUGGUUAACUACGCUUGUUAUUUCCGAGAUUUUUAAGUAUCCCCUUACGACAAGUCAUUCACCCUGAUAUUUCGAUUUUUAUUCGAAUAUCCUCGGGGAUCUGUUUUCAUUUCAGAGGAAAGGUACUGCUUAAGUGGCUUAUACAUUUUACGUCAUUUUGUGCUGUUCGUAUGAUGCUUUCUUUUUCCUCUAAUUUGUUUAGAAGCGGACUAUUUUCUCAAAAUAUCCUGUCGGAAAUUACGUCAUCGUGAAACUUAGAAGUCUAAGCAAUAACACAUUUCAGGCUCCAAAGAAAGCAUUGCUUGCGGCAUUUAGUCUGAAUAAUGUUGCUAAUACAUGUGCACUUGCCAAUCGUUUCUAUGGAGAGUGCGAAUGGUUUCAGAUGUAUUGCAGUAUGCUUUGAUGUUGGGACACCUGCUUGAUUUAAAAAGAAAGGGAUCACUGGAUUGCUCCUACUGAACCUAAAUAAAUGAUGCUUUGGAGCAUUAUAAGUCAUGUAAAGACAAUUACGAACAAUAUUCGAAUCAGUGCACUUAUUGUACUUUACAUGUCUAAAUAUCAAGAUAACUCAAGUGUCUUCUAAAUGUCCCUAGAAAGUCGACUUUUUGCCCUUUCCCUAGAAAAAUAUUUUUAUAUCCAAAAAGCCAUGAACAGACAUAAAAUCACAGAGUUUUCGUGGCCCACGACUGGAGGUUUUUUCAACGCACCCUAACAUGUUGUUAUGCACGUACUGUGCAAUAGACACUGCCCUGAGAAGACGUGGGCCUUGGAACAGUAGGGAGAACAAAUAGCACUAAUAGACAUCCGUUUGCUUCACAAAACCACAAGCGAAAACUGUUAGGAGCAUGGAGUUUACUAGCAGUAACCGCCCCGGCACAACACAGAUACGUGCCAGGAUCUGGUAGUUCAAUUCAUAUCUCCGGCGUCCUGGCCACAUGACGUACCAGUAAUUUAUCUCCAUUAAGCCUCUGUAUUGCAAAAGUGUUCAGUUUAAUUUAAGCAGGUGAUAGUAUAUGUUGAUAAGCCAACCUCAUCUCGCCAUCUUCUCUUUCUUUUUUAGCAAGCCCUCGAAUCUGACUUCCUACGCUCUCGGGAGCGUGACCUCGACGAUUUUAACUCAGACCCUUCGUUCGGACUCCGGCACAUCCAAGUCUUCCCGAGAUGGCCGACCUUUUGCCCUCAACGAACAGGCUCACUUAACUGAGAAGAGGAGGGAGCCAAAUCAAGGAGGGCCGCCUACCAAGACAACCACGAUAUUACAGAACAUUUCGAUUUCAGACAGCACCGAAAGUUUCGCAUACUGCAAAUUCUGCAGCCAGUGUGGAGAACGGUUCUUUGAUGAUGCUAAGUUCUGUGUGCUGUGCGGCACUAGUCGACGCUUCGGUCGUCAACACUCCCUUGUGGUCACAGCAGACCGACCGAAAGUCAAUCCUGCGUCUGGAUUAGCAACAUCCAGUUAG